AUGGCGCCGACCAAGGAGCUCAAGCCCCCGCAGGAGCUCGUUGACGCCAUCCAACAAAGCGACGAUAUGACGGCACCCGCGGGGAUUUCUCCCCCUGGUGUUGAGUUUGGCCAUGACGUUCCUCGCGCCAUCCGCAACCGGCUGGUGCACGAGGAGCCCCAGCAGCUCCGGCCCCAAGAGCACCCGGUUGGCGCAGAGGGGAUGAGCAAGGAGGAGCUCAAG